UGUAAAUAUGAUACGUCGUAGUCGUUCUAGUGGUAUAAAUAACCAUGAUACUGAAAAAGAAGUAACAAAGAAAUCUUCUAGCAAAGGUACAAAAGAAAAAAUACAGACGACCUCGAAAACUUGUCCACAGAUAAAAAAGCAAAGACAGAUGUAUCAUCGAAUCAAUCCAAUAUUUCUACUACCACCACUUGUCUUAAAUCAAACAACGUACAACAAGAAGGCAACCUAUACCAAAGAGCAAAAGCUGUAUUUAGACGCACAGCUAUUCCUUCUCAACUUAUUGGCCGAGAAAAUGAAAAGCAACGCAUGAUGGACUUUUGGAGGGAUCAUGUCUUGGCUAAUAAACCAGGCUGUAUGUAUAUUUCAGGCAAACCAGGCACAGGCAAGACAGCCAUGUUGAAUGAGAUGAUGCGAACGAUGGAAAAAGAAACAAGUCAGUUGCAUCAAGUCAAGACGGUCAAUGUGAAUUGUAUGAGCAUGAAAGAACCCAAACAGAUUUACGAGAAAUUGAUAGAAGAACUAAGUCCAAAGACACCCAUUGGAUCAGACAUGGCUACACAAGCUCAAGACAUUAUCAAUGCCAAAAGGGAUGUGUUGAGUGUUGUUAUUUUGGAUGAAAUUGAUUAUCUAAAGACAAAAGACCAAGAUGUUUUGUACAAACUGUUUGAAUGGACUUCAUUGCCUGAUUCUCGCUUAGUCUUGAUUGGUAUCUCGAAUGCUUUGGAUUUAACAGAUCGUAUUCUGCCUCGUCUCAGAGCAAAGAAUUGCGAACCACAACUCUUGAAUUUCAAUUCCUAUGGUAAUGAAGAAGUUCAGAACAUCAUCAAAGGUCGUCUGUAUUCGCUUGUAGACUCUCCAACAGAGACUACACCCAUACCCUUAAUACAGCCUAUUGCAAUCAAGUUGAUUGCGAGUAAGGUAGCUGGUUCAGCCAGUGAUGUAAGAACAGCCCUUGAUAUAUGUUUAAAAGCCAUUGAAGUAGCAGAAGCAGAACAAAAAAAGCCAACCAAUGUAUUAGGAGAAAGAAAAGCCAAUAGCCAUACUACAAUACCCAAUACAGAGCCCAAAGUAACGAUUGCUCAUGUUUCCAAAGUAGUCAAGGCUAUCUCUGGCAAGACAAGUGCUCAAAAAGUGAAAGAAUUAAAACUUCAUGAGAAGAUUGUGUUGGGUGUCUUGCUUGUCAUGAAUCGUUCUACAAAAGCAAAAAAGAAUCAACAGUCAACCAUACGAGAGGUAAUUGUGUAUAGCUCUAUUUACAGUGUAUUUAUUAUUAUUAUUAUUAUUGUUUAGUUUAAAGAAAACUAUACAAAACUAUGCUCUCAAUCCACGAAUGUUCCUGUUGUCUCGACAAAUGAAUUGAAUGAUAUUUUAAAUGGACUAGAAACUAAAAGUAUCAUUACAUUAAGUAAGAGUAAAGACAACACAAAGAUACAAUUGACAGUAC